AUUAGUCAGCUAGUUGUGGAUUGCAAAAUGCUACCAAAUUCUGGAAGGAUUUGCACAGCUCUGCCAUUAGCAUUGUCAUAAUGGGAGUUUGCCUUUAAUCUUUUCCUGGGUUUCAAGAAAUUGUUGCAUUUGCCCACUUAAAACAAGCCAAACACUCAACAGGAGGACGGGCUUGCACUUCAUGACGUGGGUCAUGUUUCUGCAGCGUUACCCAACCAGUUGGACCGAAGACAAGACUGUAGGUCAUUUUGUUCAAGGCGAAUAAAGGAUAUCGGAAGAGUGCGGAAGGCGGAAUUAGAUGGAAGGUCAUGGAGAAGGCUUGAAGGGCUGAAUGGAGUACUGCUGCUUCUGUUAUGCUCUUACAAUAGAGGACGCCAAUAUGUACCAUUAUCCUACUACAUUUAUUACUGUGGCAAUGUCAUCACGGGAAGCACUUUCAGAAUGGAACUUUGGGAAAAUAAAAUGGAUUGGUUAGUGCUUUGAAUCUGCAGUUUCUUUUCUGAUGCCAGUCCAUGUAUUUGAUCACUGGAGGCUGUACAUUGUUACGGCUGAGGAUGAAUACCUUGAAGCUGCUGUACUGGAGAGUGAGAGCUUCAUGUCUCUAUGAGGAGAAGUUAUUGAGUCUGAUCCUGUUCUGAGCCUCUGACUGAGGGAACUUUGUUCCGCUGCGCCUGUAAUCUGACACUGAGCUGGAGCUGGGGCUCUGCCUUCGGCAGAGGAGAAAGAGACCGCGGAAGUCAGUAAGCGGGGCGGAGUACAGGAUCAAGCAGCAGCGCCAUGUCAGACUACUGCAAGCGGCUGGAAAAGGAUGAACAGUUUCUGACGAAGGAAGGUACGCUCAAUGAGAAACUGGUGGACAAAAUCGUUCUUCACCUCUACAGAAUCUAUCCCCAAAUUCUGAAUAAUGCAGAAGCUGAAAUGUUCCGAAAUGUAAACACUCCAGUGAGUGCAAGAGUAUCUGAGCUCCUCCUACAUCUGCAGAACAAGAACAACAGAGCCUGUAAGGAAUUUUACAAUGCUUUAGAGACAAAUGAUGCACAGAUAUAUCAAAACCUGCCAAGCAAAUGUCUGGCCAAAACAACAGGAUCAGUGGGAGUUAACAUGGAUACCUACAGUAGGGAGAAAUACAUACUCAAUGACAGGGGUCCUGUGUUUUUUCUGGCUUGCUUUAGUGUGGCAGCAGGAUUGGCUUUCCUUCUGUAUUACUGCAAAGAAGAUACUAAAUUUGAAAAUGCUGCAAAGAAGAUCAUAGGAUUCUCUUCUCUUGGUGUUGGAAGACGAGCUAGAAGGUACUUGUUAGCGUACUUUGAAGACCAGUCAAAGAGGAACUAAUGAAAGAGCAGCACUUCAGCGACUAGCAUGCCUGCCUUGUCAACAAAAGACUGGGAAACAUAUAACUUUUGUUUUAAAGGACAGUUCUUCUGCCAAUAGCAAAGAUAGCUAUGUUUAUCUCUUCGUAUUUAAAGUAAACGUGCUUCCCAGAAAUAAUACUACUGCCUUUCAGCACUGAUGUGGGCCACAAACCUCAAAUAAGACAAUGAUAUAAUCUGCAUUAUCAAGGAAAAGCAUGUGGAUUUUACCUCCUGCGCCCACACAGUGCCAGCAGCUAAUACACAAAAACAGGGAUUCAGCUAUCCAUCCUUCCUUGACUGGAAGUACUGUAAUUUCAAGCUUUAAGUCAGCAAUUUGGGAGGGUUCACUGACAUUCAAUAGAAAAAAAUUCUAAGCGUUCAGAGAUUUGCAAUGAAUGUUAUGUCUUACUGCGAGCUCUUGAAUUGUUCUAGAUUAGUUUAAAAAUCUGCAAUUAUACUAGUGCUGCAAGUGCACGGACAGAACUAUUAAAGUAACAAUGAUGCCUGCAGAUAUAUCGUCUGCUUGUGUAGCUAAGAGUGAAGGUAAUGACAGCAGAGCUGCAUGCAAACCUGCUCGGGUAGCUGAAGCGAUUUUCUACUACUAGUGAUUUUUAAAAAAACUGUAAGCAAAUUCUAAUUCAUUGGAAAAGAACGCAACCUUUUGUAUUGCCAGAAUUUUUUUAACAAAAGUAACCAAAAGUAACCAAAUUCACAGUGAUUACAGUUACAGUGCAUCUGUGAGAAACCUAUUUGAGGUAAACAAUCAAUUUAUUAUUUGCUUAUAUCAAUACUGCCAAAGAUUGUUAAGCUGCACUUUUAGCAUAGAGAAAACAAAGGCUGGCACUUUGCUAGUGAUUAAAUGCAGUAUACUGAUGGCAUGAGAAGCUAAUCUCUUGGUGAAAAGAGAGACAAAAUAAGCAUCAUAUGGAUGCAGCUACAAGAGGCUUUAAUUGAAUGUGUGAAGAAUGGGAAUGCCAUUUAGAAUUUAGUCUCUGAAGUCUGGCAACAUGGUGCUGACCUACCCAUGCAGUACCUGCCUGAUUUUAUGCCUAGUAUUGCCAUUAUCCAUUGUCAACUUGAACCUGGACAGUAAUAAAUAGUUUAAAGAGGCUUUUUCUAUUCAUAGUAAAUUAGCAAAUGGUCAGAUAUAUUAUCAGUUCUAAAGGCUCACUCUUACAUUAGUUGUUAUCGUCCUUUUGUUACUGAUUUUUUCAUGUCUAGAAAGCAACAUUACCUCACCUAGAAUGAGGUUCUGACUGCUGAUAGUUACCAGCACUGUUACUCCUUACGUCAGCAACCAACCACUGCCCUUGUACAAUGAGUUGUUUUCAAAAAUUGUUGCAGAUUAGCUUGGCUUACAAGUAGCUUUCUUUACAAUCAGUUUGCAGUUUAUCAGCAACUUCAACCUUGGCAGAGCAGGAAUGGGAUUGAAGACUUACUUUAACAAACUGCAAAUGCUGGGUAUUUUUCUGCUGCGAAAAUAUUAUUAAUCUUCCAGUAACUCAAAGGACUGGCAACUAGUAGACACUCCAUCUGUCUGAUGUCUUUCUUGAAACUGUUUCACUCAUUGUUUGAACAGAAGAUUUAGGCCAGGAAGCAGGAAGUUGAGACAUACAUUUUGAUUCGAGCAGCUAAUGUACUUCCUUAAUAACAUAAUUUAAUAUUUAAAUUUGCAAAUGAAAAUCUCAUUAUGUUCCUGCAAUUAAAUGCAGGAUAUUAAAGAGUUUGACUAUUCAGCAGUUUUCAUGCUAGUACUUUUAUAAAUAUACCUAAUGGUAAGCAUUCUCAGGACAGAAUCAUAACUUGUUCUCAAAUGAAACAGCCUCAUUUUUAAAGAUGACAGUGUUAGAAAUAUUUCCUUUGUGGUACCUGUAAUUUCAUGUAUGUGGUAGACUUUUUAAAAAUUCACUUAUAGGAUGUGGACUUCGCUGGCUAGGCCAACAUUUAUUGCCCAUCCUAAGUUACGCUUGAGAAGAUGGUGGUGAGCUGUUUCUAAGAGUUUAUGAAGCUUAUUUAGAAAACCCAAAGGUUCAGAUUGACUAACAUCCUGUUUAAGGAUAUGGUUACACUAUGGUCUCACUCCAAGCUGUAAGAUGCAAGAACCUUUGGUUAUUGGCCUUUGUGACUUCAGGGAGUUUAUACCGGAACACUUUUGAUCAUUUUGAAAAAGCGAGAUCUACUGUUAGCAGAUAUUUCACCAGUCUGCUAUUUCUCAUGGAACACAUAGUUAUUGACUUGAAUAGGAGAUAUAUAUCAGGAAGCUGAAAUUGAAACAUAAAGAUUGAAUGAUUUGAACUACUGUCCUGGUGCAUAAUUCUUUCUUACCAUAAUGUAGUUUAACAUUUUAAAUGUUAAGGUUGUUUCCUUCUUGAUGUCACUUCAUGUGAUGUAUUGUGUGAUGAGGUGUUUAACAGUAGGAUGUGGUUUUUCAAAAGUUGCUGCCACAGAGGUAGAAGAAAAUUCUAUUUUGAGUGGUUGUUAAAUGUUGAGAAUGGCAAAAAAAGUGGACCAAUGAGUAUCAGUAAGGCAGUAUACCUGGUAAAGUAACAAGGCACAGAGGGCACCCCCUGACUGAGGUGCCCCAAACUUCCUUCCUGCUUUUUUUCAGGUAAGCCAUAAAAAAUAGGCUGCCCACUCUCACCCGCCUGCUCAUGCCAAUCCUCUGCCACUGUAAGUAGGUUCUCCCUACCCUGUCAUAUCCCUGCAUACAUUUGAUUUCCUCCAUUAAAUCACUCCUUAACCUCUGCUCUAAGAAGAACAGUCACAACUUCUCUAUUUUCUUCAUUUAACUGAAGUCUCGCAAUCCUGGUACCAUUCUAGUAAAUCCCUUCUGCACUGUCUUCAAGGCCUUGACAUCCUUCCAAAAGUACAGCGCCCAGAAUUGGUCACAAUAUUCUAGCUGAGGUCUAACCAAUGUAGAUGCUCUUCUCAUUUCAUACAUCCUAAUGAUCUUAUAAUGUCAAAAAUUUUAAUCUUUGCCAUUGAUGUAGAAGUAACUAAGACUGCCCAUCAAACACAUGGGGCAGAAUUUUCUCAGGCAAGCUUGGCGGGGGUGGGUGGAGUCAGUCAGGAAGCCGACCGCUGCCCAUGAUCAGGCUGCGACCACGAUUUCAUACUGGGUGGGCCUUGAAAUGUGUGCUCAGCGCUGCCUGUGUGGUGGGGGGAGGAGGGCGAGUGUGUCAGUUUGUGCAUGCGGAGGAGGGAGUGCUGGAAAAGCUCCUUGAGGCACAGAGCUGCCUCAGGGAGAUGAAGAGUU